GUAAACAUUUGUAAACAUUUGUAAACAUUGAGAUUUUAAGCAAUUAAUUUUAAUUUGAGCAGUAUCUAGCCAGUUUUAAAACUAUAAUUAAUCACAGAAUGGCAAAACAAUUUGGGUUAAUAAAACCUUCGAAUGUUUUCGGUUCCGACUCAGAAGAUGAACCAAACAGCACAGCAGUUAAAAAACAGCCACUUCUUAAACCAAAUAUGCUCCAGAAAAAACAAAUUCAGAAAAUGCAUGAGCAAGCAGUCGAAGAAGAUCCCAAUAUAUUUUUAUAUGAUGAAGUAUAUGAUGAUAUCCAGAAUAAAAGAAAUGAAGCAAAAAAUCAGAAAAAGGCGCAGGAAGACAAGAAACCUAAAUAUAUUAAAAAGCUCAUCGAGACAGCUGAAAAAAGAAAGAAGGAAUACGAAAGACGUGUUGAGCGACAGGUCCAGAAAGAAAGAGAAGCUGAAGGUGAAAAAUUUAAAGAUAAGGAGAUUUUUGUCACAUCCACUUAUCGUAAAAAGCUUGAAGAAAUUAAGGAAGCAGAACUAGAAGAGAAACGACAAGAGUAUUUAGAAUCUAUCGGUGAUGUCACAAAACAAGCAGAUCUUUCAGGGUUUUAUAGACAUUUGUAUUCACAAAAACUAGAAACUGAAACUGAAUCAGAUAUAAAGGUAGAACAAACAGAGGAUGUGCAGUCAAAACUAGAAGAAACAAACUCAAAACGAUUGAAUGACACUUUGCAAAAAAAAAAGAAUUACAGAAAACGAGAAUCAUCAAAUGACGAAGAGCCAGCAGUAAGUGAGAUUGCUGAUGCAAAACCACCCAAAACAGAGCAUUUAAAUUCUAACUUAGAUGCUGAUAGUGAUUUUUCUGUGGAUUCAAGUAGUGAGGAAUCUGAUAGUGAGAAUAAGAAGAUUCCAAAUGAACAAGAAACAUUUAAGGAACCGAUGAAGCCUGUGGAUAAAAUUGAGAUCCAAGAACCAGUUAAAACCGACAAAAUCGAUGAUGAGAUUGAUGAAGUAGAAGUCGUGCCUAAAAAGCCGAAAAUUGAUAUAUGGGCUAAACGAACUGUUGGUGAUUCAUUUGUGGAAGCUGUUAAACGAUAUUAUGAACGAAAAGCAAUGAAGGAAAGUGGCAUGAGUUAACGUAGAAUAUUGACAUAAGACGAAAUUUAUUAUGAACUGGCUUAUGUACAAAAUAUAUGCUUGAUUUCUAGCACAAUAAAUAUCUUUUAAUGAUGUCUAAUCUUUUAAUUUCUUCAAAUGUUUUAUUUUAAUUCAAUUUACUUGAAAUCAAAUCGAUAUUUAGUUUUUGUCAAAAUUCCGCUAUCUCCCAUAUCUGCAUUAUAUCCAUGGAUGUAUCUUUCGCCUGGAGCAUGUCCAUAGACAUCACGUACAGCUUUAGCAUCAUCUGCUUCGCGAAUAAGUUCUGGUACAUCAAAUCGUGGGACAUUGAAAUAAUUCAUAACAUCGGCUUUGUCUGAUGUAUAAAGGAUUCUCUUUUCACACCAUUCCCAUUCUGUCAUAAUUCUCCAAUCCUUCAUCUUCUCAUCAUAAUGUCCAAAACGAUCAAAAUCAAUUCGUUCAAUGUCCUCUACAACGACUUCAGUUUCACCACCUUCUGUCCAAUCGUAAACAAGCAAUUCAGCAUGAUUUGAGAUAUCCUUCAAAAAACGUUGCUUGUAUCCAGUCUCAAUAUCACCUAAAUAUUGAUCAUUAAAAACUUUUGAUUGAACUUCAUAGUCAAUCUUUCGUUUCUUGAUGUUUUCUUUCACUUGUUUUACUGGAACAUCAAGAUAGAUGACAAGAUGUGGUUUCAUUAAUUCCGGCAAUGUAUGAUUACGCAAAUCAUAAUAUACAGAACGAACACCUCUUGAGAUGUAAUUGCUGCGCAUUAAAGCUUCAACAAAAACGAAAUCAGAGUAUGGUGAGCGAUUACAAACGACACCUUGUCCAGUUGAAAGGAUAUGAGCUAAGGCAUCAAUGUAAUUGCUUACGCGGAGCAUAUACAUUCUGAUUUGAUAAGUUCCGACACUGCGAUGAUUUGGUUGUAAGCAAAACUUUUUAUUAUCAAAGCUCUUGACAUUCUCUGGAAGUUGAUCGUCAAGUUUUCUCAAAUCAUAUCCAUAGGCGUUGAUGUAAAUAUCAUCCAUUGUAGGUGCUGGCAUAUAUGUCAUUUCUAAUUCAUCAGCAAGCUCCUUUGCAAAUUUGGUUUUUCCUGAACAAAU